AUGGUGAAACCGCGUAGCAACAAAGUUGGCAAGAAGUUGGAGGGAGGUGACCACGGAAAGGAGACGGAGACGAAUGUUCCUGACGUACUUGUGCCAGACGCUGCUGACAAGAGCCGGGCCAUCUCCCCAGCGACGCCUGCUGUGCUUGGCCCUUUUGAAGACCUGCUUGAUCUGCAAAACAAGGCGGACAAUGCUGCUGGUACUGGUGAUGGCGUCGCUGUUGACGAGGCGACUUCUGGAGGACAAGAUGAAGUCCCGGUGAAAGAAGGAUCUACUGACACGGACAAUAAGGAUGAUGAAGAAGAAGACUUGUCUGAUCCGGUCCCGGAGGAUGAAGACGAUGGGUAUCUGAGUGAUGACUCGGACGAACACCUAGAACCUGCCUCGCUCUCCAGUGCUUUGGCUCUGAAACGUUUCACACUAACCUUGCUGGUGACGAUCCUCAGGAAAACAGAGAUCAAGCGCGCUGCUGUUACGAUAGCUGCGUUGUUGGACGACUGGAAGGACCAGUUAACUCCAGAUGUGCUGCAGACCACGACCUACCAGGAGCUUUCGGCGACCUUCUUCCCUGGCACACGCUACGGUCGGCUGCAAGUCACAUUUAACCAUGUCAGAGACGCGAACUUCGUAUGGAAUCAAGUCAUCAAACACGAGUGUGUGAAUGGGGACAUCAUCGACCUUACCUGGCAAUUCCCUGAAGACGCGCGCUUCCUCCGAGAACGUGUUCUGAACCCGUUGGCGCAGGAGGUGGUGGUCAAGGGGGUGCCGGCAGAAAUCACUGCGGAGCUUAUUCGCCAUCUGCUGGUUGUGUCAAAGCUGGUCAAGCGAGGCAGGAGUGCUUUUGCCAGCGGUUUUGGCUUUCACCUUAUACUCACCUCCACAGGAGGGAUGCGGGAGGAGUGGGUGUGUGUGCAGACCGUAUGCGAGAAGGCACAGGGGAACCGGUUCGAGCAGGCAGCGGCUCACGUUGCAUCUGCCAAGCACAAGGGGGGUCUGCGUACAGACGGAGCGGCAACCCGUGCCAGCAAGCACUCUCAGGAGAUGGCUGCUUUCAAAAAGGACUUCAUUGUCAAACUGGCAGCGAAGUGA